UUUUUAUUAUUAUUAUUGUUGAUGUUGUUGACUCUUUUUAGAGGAGAAAAUGGGUGAUGAUGCAAGAGGCAGAGGAAAGAAUAAGAGAAUGUGGACAUCGAUAGAGGAGAGUGCUCUAGUUGAUAUCCUUGUUGAUAUGCAACAUUCAAAUUGGAAGUGUGACACUGGCUACAAAACAGGUUAUCAAUCUCAUAUCGAGAAAAAAAUGCUUGAGAGAUUCCCUUACUGUGGUUUGAAAGGUAAGCCACAUAUUGAAUCUAAGAUCAAGAUUUUGAAGAGGCAACUAGGGUAUAUCCUUGAAGCUCAAAAGCAAGCUAGCGGGUUUGGUUGGGAUGACGAGAUGAAAAUGAUUAUCGGUGAAAAAGAGGUUUUCAUGGGUUGGGCUCAGGGUCGUGAUGGGGCUUCCGCUCUUUAUAUGAAGCCUUUUCCACUUUAUGAGAAGUUAUGUGAGAUUUAUGCCAAGGAUCGUGCAAGUGGGAGUAUGUCUAAGGGCCCUGGAGAUGAAGAAGGAGAUAACAACAAUGAGGGUGACAAGCAAGGUGAUGGCUCGACUAGCUCUACAACUCAAGCAACUGAACCUUCUAGUUAUAGAGGAGAUCGUAAAAGAAGAAGGGAAAUAGAAAAUAAGGAGCUUGGUGGAUUGUCAAAAGCACUUGUUUCUCUAAUUGAUGUUGAGAAGGAGUCCACCGCGGUUAUGAAUGAUUUGAAGAAAUCAUUUAUGCGUGAUGUGGAGAUUGGUGAGAAGAGAACCAAGCUUUUUCAAGCUUUGAGCGGACUUGAAGAAUUGUCUCCUAUGGAAAUUGUUGAAGCUUCAACAUCUAUCGGGUUGGAUGAUAAAAAGGUUGAACUUUUCUUUAGUAUGCCUGAUGAUUUCAAAGUUAUGUUUGUCAAAUCUCAAUUAAAAAAGCAACUAGGAUCGAUGAAUGGAAGACGUAUUUAG